AUUCAUGAACUUCCGGGAAAAGUCAACAAAUGCGUUGAUGUAAAUACUGUCUGUAUGUUUGUGCGUUUAGUUUUGCAUUUCUGCGUGUAACAUUUUAUGUAUUUGUACCUCCUUAUGUAAUUUUAUUUCCUCUAAAAUACGCAAUAUAGACAGGAGAAGGCCUAAACGGCGAAACCGGUUGUCUGCCAGCCUCUUAUUAAUGCGGCAUAGACCAUUUACUAACUGAUUAUAAGUACAUUGUUUACAGUACAACCAUCACCUUUAGCUAAACGACAAAUAAUUUAAAUGUAUUAUUUUACAGGCGUCAUGUCCUUCAUUGCACAAAGUCUCCGGACACCAGUAAUUUUCCUGGCGUUUCUUGUUCUCAUAGAAGUGGUGUCGUUUGCUUCUGCAGAUAAGAGUUUUGAAGAUGUGCGUUGCAAGUGCAUCUGUCCACCUUACAGAAACAUCACUGGACAUAUAUACAAAAAGAAUGUGACCCAGAAAGACUGUAACUGUCUGCAUGUGGUGGAGCCCAUGCCAGUGCCUGGUCAUGAUGUGGAGGCCUACUGUCUGCUGUGUGAGUGCAAGUAUGAAGAACGAAGCAGCAACACCAUCAAGGUGACCAUUAUCAUCUACUUGUCAGUGGUCGGAGCUCUUUUACUGUACAUGCUAUUCCUGCUUCUGAUUGAUCCUCUGAUUCGCAAACAUGAUCCGUACACCAUGCCACUGCAGAAUGAGGAGGAUUCAGAGGAUGUGAGGCCACGUGUGGACGGUGCUCGUGGAAAUACAGUGCUUGAGAGGGUGGAGGGAGCUCAGCAGCGCUGGAAGAAACAGGUCCAGGAGCAGCGCAAGACUGUGUUCGAUCGCCACAAGUUGCUCAGCUAAGCCUUUAGACAGAGAAAACAACAAAAUGGCUGCACUGUCUGAGAAUACUUGCAUGGUGGUCUUUCAGUUUCAGCUUUUAUGACAAUAUAAUUAUCAGUGAAUCUACUGCUUGUACAAUAUUAUUAGACUUAUAAUCGUACCAAGGCUUACUUUGUUAUAUUAAAUUCUUAAACUGAAUUUGUGAAAGCAUUAAGCUGGUAAAAGAAUAGUUUAUCCGAAAAAUAAUGUGAUUUAUUUAUUUAUUUUUAACUAAAUAUAGGACACUAAUAGACAUACUCAAUGGAAAAUACCUUGAGUGUUACUCGGGGUGCUGUAUUGUAAUCUGUCAAUGAAGUUACAAUAUUUUUUCUUUUGCCCGAAAAAGGGUUAAUUAUGACCAGGCAAUGCAUGUGACUUCCAUUCUUCAGCCAAAGCGUUUAGGAGAUAUUUUUUCUCCAUCUAUUGCAAGGUAUAUAAUUUCUGAUGGCCAAAACUCUAUAUUUAGGCAGCUUUGGUUUAAUCCACCUGACCACAUUGAUAAAUAAGGAGUACAACUAAUGAUUUUAGAAAUUAUUGCUUUAUUUUCUUGGAUUUGUGGAAAUCUGCAAGGGUAUUAUUAUUUUGCUGGGUGAGCUAUUGCUUUAACGUAUCAAUGAAAAAAAUAAGCUCUUGUUUGCAUCAUUCCAAUGAUUACCUUUAUAUUUUCACCCUGAAACUUGAAUAUUUAAGUGUUGUUGCUACAUUGAAACUACAUUGCAAUGGAAGAGAUUAAAUGUAAAUUUGGGAGCACUGAUGUGGAGAUGUACAUAAUCUAAUAUAAAUCUGCUUAUGAAUGUUUAAACUGCAAUUCAAACCGUUUUAGUUUUAUUUUGUCACCAAAUAAUGUGAUCAUUCACUACCGUUAUUUAUUAUUGUUAUUUAUUUAUUAGUGUUUGCCAGUUGAUUAUAUAUUUAAGGCACAUGUCACAAGCAUAUAUUUUGCACAUUUUAGUAACCUAAUUAAUAAAAUGUGUAUGUUCUUCAAAAUAGUGAAGAAUAUAAGGCUUUAAUUAGUUGGUUCUGUUAAACGGGAUAUCAUACACUUUCUUUUGAAAUGACUGAUACUUUUGUUGGACACUUUGAUUCAUAGAAAUUCAAACAUACUGUUUUGUUCAUCUCAUCUCUUAUUUGCUGCUUUAAUAACUGAUUUUCCAGUAUGGAUCCAAAACACUUGCAGCUGUUUUACCUGCUUCUGUAAAAAUGCACUAAAAUAUUAAAAAUACAAAACAUUGC